CCCAACCCAGGGAUUGUGAACAAAGCGUUUGGCAUCAACACAGACUCCCUCUAUCAUGAACUUUCCACAGCAGGAUCCGAGGUGAUCGGAGAUGUUGAUGAAGGAGCAGAUCUGCUAGGGGAGUUCUCAGGAAUGGGCAAAGAAGUUGGCAAUCUGCUGUUGGAGAACUCACAGCUACUGGAGACCAAAAAUGCUUUGAACGUUGUGAAGAAUGAUCUGAUUGCCAAGGUGGACCAGUUGUCUGGAGAACAAGAAGUGCUGAAGGGAGAGCUUGAGGCAACGAAGCAAGCCAAAGCCAAAAUGGAAACCAGAGUCAAGGAGCUGGAGGAAGAGCUGAAAAGAGUGAAAUCUGAAGCGAUUGUUGCCCGACGAGAACCCAAAGAAGAGGUGGAGGAUGGCUCCUCCCCUCUGCAGGACAACAUCCCCAUCGCUCAGCGCCGACGCUUCACCCGCGUGGAAAUGGCCCGGGUUCUGAUGGAGCGCAAUCAAUACAAGGAGAGGUUGAUGGAGCUCCAGGAGGCUGUCAGGUGGACUGAGAUGAUCAGAGCUUCCCGUGAGCACCCGUCCGUCCAGGAGAAGAAGAAGUCCACCAUUUGGCAGUUCUUCAGCCGUCUGUUCAGUUCCUCCUCGAGUCCCCCACCAGCAAAGAGGACCUACCCAUCUGUGAACAUCCACUACAAGUCUCCAACCACAGCAGGGUUCAGCCAGCGACGCAGUCACACCAUGUGCCAGAUCUCCUCUGGCAGCCGCACCCUGGAGUUCUUCCCUGAGGAUGACUGCACGUCCUCAGCUCGCCGUGAGCAGAAGCGGGAGCAGUACCGCCAGGUCCGGGAGCACGUGCGGAACGAUGACGGGCGGCUGCAGGCCUGCGGCUGGAGCCUCCCUGCCAAGUACAAGCAGCUGAGCCCCAAUGGUGGUCAGGAAGAUACUCGCAUGAAAAACGUCCCUGUGCCUGUAUACUGUCGCCCGCUUGUAGAGAAGGACCCAACCAUGAAGCUGUGGUGUGCAGCUGGAGUCAAUCUCACGGGAUGGAGACCUUUGGACCAGGAGGCUGGGAAUGGUCAGAAAUUGGAUCCUGGACGGGAUCCUCUCACCUGUGAUCGGGAAGUGGAGGGUGAGAACAACAAAAGUAACCAUACGUCUCCAGAGAAGAAAAAGGCAAAGGAGCUUCAUGAAAUGGAUGCCACGUCCAGUCGUGUCUGGAUCCUCACCAGUACCCUGUCAACAAGUAAAGUUGUAAUCAUUGAUGCCAAUCAGCCUGGCACAGUGGUGGACCAGUUCACUGUCUGCAAUGCUCAUGUGCUCUGCAUCUCCAGCAUCCCCGCGGCCAGUGAGAGUGAUUACCCUCCAGGAGAGAUCUUUCUGGAGGGAGAUGUAAAUCCUGAAGAGUCGUCUGGAACAGAUGGUGUCUUGGCAGGAAUCACUCUGGUGGGCUGUGCAACUCGCUGCAACGUGCCACGAAGCAACUGUUCCUCGCGUGGUGACACACCUGUGCUGGACAAGGGACAGAGUGAAGUGGCUGCUGUCUGCAAUGGGAAGAUCAACCAAUCUCAGUCAACAGAGGAGGCAACAGAAGCUACAGAGGUGCCAGAGAAUGGUACAAGUGAGACAGAGCCUGUUCAAGCCCGCCCUGGACCCCUCACAGAGCACGUGUUUACAGACCCAGUCCCUGCCCAGGCACCUCUUCGGCAGAACGGGGAGAAUGGGCAGCUGAAGACAGAGUCGAGCACAGCACUGCCAGACCAGGAGCUGAAUGGGGAUGCUGCUGGGACGUGCACCAGUGCUGCCCCCACCAUGUGGCUGGGAGCACAGAAUGGCUGGCUUUACGUGCACUCCGCUGUAUCUAACUGGAAGAAGUGUCUGCACUCAAUAAAGCUGAAGGACUCCGUGCUGAGUUUAGUGCAUGUGAAAGGAAGGGUCCUCGUUGCUCUGGCAGAUGGAACACUGGCCAUAUUCCACCGAGGAGAAGAUCGUCAGUGGGAUCUCAGUAAUUACCACCUAAUGGACCUUGGUCACACUCACCAUUCUAUCCGCUGCAUGGCUGUUGUGUAUGACAGAGUCUGGUGUGGCUACAAGAACAAAAUCCAUGUUAUUCAACCUAAGACAAUGCAGAUUGAGAAGUCCUUUGAUGCCCACCCUCGGCGCGAGAGCCAGGUGCGACAGCUGGCGUGGAUUGGAGAUGGAGUGUGGGUUUCCAUCCGCCUGGAUUCCACCCUGAGGCUUUACCAUGCCCACAGCCAUCAACACCUGCAGGACGUUGACAUUGAGCCUUACGUCAGCAAGAUGCUGGGUACUGGGAAAUUGGGCUUCUCGUUUGUACGGAUUACAGCCCUGCUCAUUGCUGGCAAUCGUCUCUGGGUGGGAACAGGGAACGGUGUUGUCAUCUCCAUUCCACUGACUGAGACUGUAGUCCUCCACCGAGGCCAACUCCUUGGGCUCCGGGCCAACAAGACCUCACCCACCUCUGGAGAGGGCAGCCGCUCCGGGGGGGUCAUCCACGUGUACGGUGACGACAACAGCGACAAAUCUGCCAGCAGUUUUAUUCCCUACUGCUCCAUGGCUCAGGCACAGCUCUGUUUCCACGGUCACCGCGAUGCUGUCAAGUUCUUUGUCUCUGUGCCUGGCAAUGUCCUCGCAACCUUGAAUGGGAGCGUGUUGGACAGCCCGUCGGAGAACCCCAGCACAGCAGCCACGGAGACCGAGGGGCAGAAGCUGAAGAAUGUCCUGGUGCUGAGUGGAGGAGAAGGGUACAUUGAUUUCCGGAUCGGGGAUGGAGAAGAUGAUGAGACAGAGGAGAAUGCAGGAGAUGCCACCCAGGUGAAGCCAGUACUUUCUAAGGCAGAGAGGAGCCACAUUAUUGUGUGGCAGGUAUCCUAUAUCCCAGAGUGAGAAUUUCUCCUUUCCUACCAAUGUAAGUGUCCCUGUUCCCGCCUGAAUGCCACGAUGUACAUACAGAACGCCUGCAUUAUACCUACUGCUGGAAACCGACCCCAGACAACUGCAGCGGCUCCUGCCUCAGACUGUGACCCCUUUGUAACCUCUGAACUUGCAGCUUUCAUCUUGGGCCCAUGAGCUUUCUGCGUGGUUGGGUUAUUGUUCUGCUCUGGAGCUGGCGUCUACACGGAGAGAAAUGGCAGCGCACCCAUAAAGUGAAGCUUGGAGCCAGAGCUGUGCAAGAGCUUUGCCUGGGGCUGGGGAGCUGACAGGUGGUGGGUCUGGUUCUCCAGCAGGAUGCCUUGCUCCCACUUGCAUGAGAAGUAGUACAGCACCCUGGCGUCCCUGCCAAAGCAGCGAUGGAGGAUCACAACUCCUACAGCACCCCAGGAGAAAUCCUUCCUUGUUCACCAGUGGACUUUCCACCUUAUCCACUAUGCACAGAGGACACCUGAGCACAGAAUCAUAUCUCACAGACUGACAGCAGCCAGGUCCAAGGAGCCUUCAAUGGAAAGGAGUGUUGAGCUUUGGGAAGAGCUUUUGCUGUUUGGCUGGAGAAGGUGGCAGGGCCAUCAAUGUGGGAAUACAUCCUACAUCCUCCACACUUGCAGGUGGAAAGUCUCCCUCCUCUUCUGCUGCUUUUAUCGUAGCAGUCGUGUGCUGGGUGACUGUGUGUGUCCAGAGGGGAUUGUUUGGUAGCCUCAGGUGGGUGACAGGUGGUUGAUUGUGGAGGCCAUGGGGCCUUUGGAAACUACAGUAACAAAGAAGUACUGGAACCUCAUUAUUUUAAAGGGGAUAAAGGCAGUGAUAUUUUAACUCCCUUCUCCAAAAAAGAUGUCAAGCAGAAAAGAAUUCUUGAGUUCAUUCAUGUUGUGAGCCUGAAAGCUUUAGGAGAAAGCUAUCUCUGCAGAGCAUUUGUUGGCUUUUAAAACACAGGCAAUGGUAGACAGUGUUGGUGUGCUGUGGGUUCUGCAUUAACAGAUCAGGAAAGACCUUAUAGGAGAAGCAGCAAAAGAUGCAGCCAAGGAGAGCGGGUUUAAGCUCCAUAUUCAAAGUGUGGCAGCUCCAGGUGUAGAGGCAGCGGUUUGUUUUCCCUUUCUGACAGUUGCAACAGUUUUUCCCCUACAAGGCUCCCUGUCAGCAAUGAAUUUAGAUCCCGGUGGCUGUUUUGUUGUUUCCUGAGCUGUGCAGCACUGGAUCUCCCAGGGAUGUCCACCUCCAUCUCUGGGGAAUGUGACCUGUGCUUGUUGCCAUGGCCCAGGCUGCCCCCAAGCCUUGUGCUCUGCAGCUGUUCGUGUGCUGCAGGAACACAGCGCUCACUGGGGAAACUUUAAUGUCUGUCCUCAUUCAGCAGCCCUGAAAUGCUCCUUGGAUCCCCAGUUCAGAAGAGGCUGGGGCAGACAGUUCCCAUGCAGGGAGGGAAGAGGCCGUACCCAGAGUGCAGUGGCCUCAGCCAUCAGAGUGUGGGGCCAUGGUGCUGCCUGUGAGCAGCUGGUGAUUUGCAGGGGUAGGAAACCAGCUGGGCUGUAUCUGUAAGGAUCGGUGACUUGCAUCUGGCUGAUAGUGCAAGCAGCCGCUCGGGUAGAGGGAACAUAGAGAGGAGGCAGCUCACGGGGCAGUGCUGCCGUGCCGGGCUGCUCGCUCACAUCACCUGAAUGCUUCUGCUAGAACAGGCUCUCUGGGUCACAGCACGGGGUAAUAACUGAUGUUUAGACAGCAGGUUCCACAGACAUCUAACAGUUAAUCAGAGCCAGGAAAAUGGCACAAUUCGGUCUCACUCAAUGGCAAAUCCAGUUCUUCAGGUGCAUCAAACCUUCAGCAUAAAAACACAGAAUUACAGCGUUCUUACCUCUUACAACUUGUUCUUUAUCUGGUUUUAGUGGUAGAAGUGACAAUAUUCAGACUUUUGUCACCCCCUGGUCCGUGGCAACAGAAGGAAACCAACCACUCUUGGGCCCAAGGGUUCCUUCCCAGUUUGGUUCGUGGUGUCCUCCAAGAGAAGCACACGACACAGGGGCGGCUCCAGCUCAGCAGAGUCAGCCCCUGCUGUCGGCUCCUGUCGGGAUGUGGCGGCUGCUGGGCGGCAAGGUGAGAACUGGCUUCAACACACCCCCUGUCAAAUCUCCACUGUGAUGUAUGUAAAGUAUCUUGUAUGUUACAAAAGGAUUUUAAAAAGUGUCUUAAGGCCUGUAAACUCCGCUCUUUGGUCUGAAGAUGGCAUUCUGUAAAGAGACCGCUGUAUGAAUACGUUCCCGUGCUUUUUUCCCUAUGCUAUCAAACAACAAACCAUAUCUGUUCUGUAUGUAAUAAAUGUGUUAACAUCAGAAA